AAAAUUGAAUAGUUUUAUAACCUGAAAGAGGGCCUCCAAAAACAGGAAGUGAUGCGAUAAUGUCUAUCGAGUGUCACACUGGGCUCAAUCAGUAAUCAGCAGAAGUGCAACAGGUGAACAUGUCUGCCAGAGAAGAUUCAGUAGCGUGUAUGCCACUAUGCCAAGGAUUUCUGAAGAAAAGAAAAGAUAAAAUAAGGCUGAGGUGGGUUACUUACUGGUUCAAACUUCAUAAUGCAACCCUUUUCUUCUACAAUAAAAAACAUGGAAGCACUUCAGACCUUAGAGGACAGUAUUGCCUUAUUGAGGUUGAGUCUGUGCGUGAGAUAAUGUGGACUAAGAAAAAACACUAUAUUUUUGAGAUCGCUAUGAAAAACGGGAAGAGGAAAGUCCUGGCUGCAGAAACAGCGGAUCUCAGACAGAAGUGGAUGUGCCAACUUUUGCAAGCAAUGAACCAUCAUGUGUAUAACAGCACUGAGCCGAACUCCAACUGGGAGACCACACCAGAUUACAUGUACAGAACUCAGUCGAGCCCAUACAACAUGAUCAGUAACUCGGAGUCAGUGGUGAGUGAUAUGCUGGUCAGGAAGCAUCGCUGUACCGAACCUGACUCCUAUCUCUGGUCACCCAGCAUGCACUCUGCCGCUGUUAUAUCAACUACAACUGCACAUAUCCACAUUGAUCUUGGCAUGUCUCAUGUUGAGAGUAGUCAUUAUGCAGAGGAUGAAGUCAAGCAGAAGGCUGAAGUGAUUGAACUGGAGAAUGAUUAUGAUGUCCUGCCACUUUGCAAACCCCUACAUUCUGAGGAAGUCAUUUAUGAUACACCUCCAUCAAACCGGCGAGCCAGUGAGCAAGAACAGGAAACAACUGAAAACAUCUAUGACGUCCCGAAGUAUGCGCUUAGGAAAAAGUCUGUGAAUGAAGUCUCCUGUGCUAAAGAGCUACCUGAGAUCUCAGGUCUCCUCCAGGACAUGGUGGUGUGUUUAGGGGGAAACUCUGCAGACUGGGUCAGAGCGAAUGCUCCAGAAGCCACUUGUCAAUCUUAAAACCAGUUAAGACAUGCAUUUAUUGUGAUAGACUUUAGACCUCAAAUUGGACUCAUUCCUGUACACUUGUAUAUGAUUAGAUGCAUAUCUCGCAUUUCAUUUCUCACCAUCUUCCCAUCAACAUCGCUCGUUUCAUGUAGAAUUAACUGCCAUUGUUAUUUUAGUUUUAUGCUAAAUGUUUUUCAUAAUGUGCACGAGAUCAGCGUGUUGUGUUAGUCAUCGUGGCAAAGCAGAAACGCGUUCAUCCUCUAGUCCGGACACUGCCCAGAGUUUGAAUCCAGACGAUGCCACAGUCAUCCGAGCGUGUUACACAUGUCCGUGACGCAGCAGAUGUAGCUGGCUGUUUGGAAGCAGGUCCUAAUGUUCAACAUGCUCCUCAGGAGCAACAGCCCAACACCACUACUUAAGAAUCUGGAGCCUCUAAGAUUUGAAGAGUCUGUUUUGCUGAAAUUAUUUAAAUUGAUCAGCUUUUAUUUGUUGUAAUAAAAAAAAAUUAUUAAAUCUUGGCUAACCAACUGAUAAUCACAGCAUGUGCUCACGUCAUGGAUAAGGCUAAAAAAAAGGGCGGUGGUUUUUGUUGUCAUUUCUUAAAGAAGUAAACAAAAGUGAUAAGGCAAAUCACAUCAGAUGCUACUACACAGAAACGUAUGACCAAGAACAUCUAGAGAGCAUAAAUACUUGAAGCAAGUUACUUCCACACCUCUUCUAAGGAACAUAUCAAACUAGCCAUCAACGGCUACAGAUUUUGGCCUAGGAUUAUAAGAAUCUUUUAGGAUUCUCCAAAUUUGUCUCAGACGACCAAAUCGUGCUCAAAACUGUACAGUGUGAACCCGGCUUAAUAUGUGCACUGACUUCGAGCCAAACUACAAAAAUAGCGCAGCCUCACUUAUGAUUUUAAACACACAAGCGCAUCAAGUUUACGUUUUAAUGCAUCACAUGACACCUUUACACACAGGAAAAAAGGUUACUGCUCAGAGUUAUUAAAAUCAGAAUUAUCAAAAUGGCUUUUUAAAAAAACUGUUUAUGCUCAUAAAGUCCCAUGACAUGCCUAGAUUUGAUUUAAUAAAAAAAAAAAAUCAAAUCACGGAGUCUGGACACUGAAAAGGAGAAAUCCUUCUUUCUGAUGGUGCUGCACGUUGAUCAGCUGCCAUGUAAUCAAUUCAAAUGUACCUCUUGUGUGAUGUCAUCUUUUUUUUAAAUGGGGGACUUAAAAUUGAGAGUUUGUUUUACUUUAGAAAGUUUCCUG